AAACUCCCAAUCCCCAAAUCGCCCACAAGGUCCCAAAUCAUCAGCAAGGUUUCCUCCGCUUCGAGCUCACCUUAAGGAGCCAUGUCGGGCCGCGGCAAGGGAGGCAAGGGGCUGGGCAAGGGCGGCGCGAAGCGCCACCGCAAGGUGCUGCGCGACAACAUCCAGGGCAUCACGAAGCCGGCGAUCCGGAGGCUGGCGCGCAGGGGUGGCGUGAAGCGCAUCUCCGGGCUGAUCUACGAGGAGACCCGCGGCGUGCUCAAGAUCUUCCUCGAGAACGUCAUCCGCGACGCCGUCACCUACACGGAGCACGCCCGCCGCAAGACCGUCACCGCCAUGGACGUCGUCUACGCGCUCAAGCGCCAGGGCCGCACCCUCUACGGCUUCGGCGGCUGAUCCCCUCCCGCGGCGCUUCGGUUUCGAGUCCCGUGGUCGUCGAUGGUAGCAAUGUUGUUAGGGUUUCGUUCCAUCUGAUGUCAGUAAUGAACUUGUCUGUUCUGUGAUCUGAAAUGGAAUUCGAAGCGUAUGAAUGAAAUGGAUCUGUGUUUACUUGGUUAAAUAACUUUAA